UUUCGACCCAGCUGAUCGCCAACAUCAACUACCGAAGGCAACGAUCCUCCCUCGAAAGUCCUUCUCCGCCAGACAUCUGGCCAGCCAGCUUGUCUCCAAUUCCAAUUUUAUUCUGCCUUAUGGCGUCCGGUUAGAGGUCGUCUAAGGAAUGUCCGCUCUUUGAUUCAGCGAUCCUUGACGCCCAUUGCCGCUCUCUCCGCUACGUCUGUCGGAACCGACCGCUAUGCUUAAACCUGUUUUUGUCGCAAUUUUUUGCACAGCUUGACGCCAAUCCCCUCUUCCUCUCCCCCGCCACCCACGAUGGACGACAGCCAUAUACUUGGAGAGGACUUACCUCUUCCUCCAGGGCGCCUGUUUGAGCGCUUAGCGCAAUUACCCGGCUACAUCUGGCACCAGAAUCUCAGACCUUUCCGUUCCUCCUAUGAUCAUUGGCACGUUACAGGCGUGAGACUUGCUUCGGAUGCAGAUGUGCCCAUUUUAACUCCUUCCUCCUCCUCACGAUCGAAAGAGUCCACAUUGACCUCUGCGCACACCUCCCCCCGGAUCGAAAACAGAUCAUCCUACUCUCGAAAUAAUUGGCGAAGUAGCCUCAGCGAAUCAAGUAGCGAUAUUUCCUCCUCUCGCAACGAUCCGGAUGCCUCAUGGGUACCCGUAGUGGCUCGCGUUUCGAGCCAUGUUAUAAGGCUGGAACGCGAGUUCCAUAUACUGAAAUCAAUUAUCCAGAUAUCAGAUCCCGAAUGCAAACACACGGUCCGCCCCAUCGACAUUAUUCGCCUCGCCCCUCAGCCUGGCGAUCCCGGUCCCUUGUUGGUUACAAUCUACGAAUCCCAGGGUCCAAAUCAGUUAAAAGAAUAUGUAGGCUUCGGGCCUAUCUUUUUCCAGACGUAUGGGGGAGAGGUAUUAGCGGAAUGCUCAUCCCUAGGGGCCCAAGUUCCCAUCGCAACGUUUUUGGAUUUUGCCAUCGGUGCAUGCGAAUGUCUGGAAUUAUUGCAUUAUGGCCUGAAAUGCAUUCACGGUGAAAUCAGACCCGAUGCCUUCCAUUAUAAUGCCGAGACAGGCGCAGUGAAACUUUCAAACACGGGAAAUGGCGCCAGAUCUUUCGAUAAUGCAUUGAGUGAAGGUUGGUCGAUCCUAACACGCGAUUUCGGCGUGAAAAAUAAGUUGCAAUUCGUCGCACCGGAACAAACUGGAAGAUUACCAACAGAGCCUGAUAGUCGCACUGAUAUAUACGCUCUCGGUGUGUUGUUUUGGUCGAUGCUUGCGGGACAACCUGCAUUCGAUGCGAGUGAUCCAGUUGAAGUUGUGCAAAAUGUGCUCGGCAAAACAUUACCUACGGUUUCAUCCAAGAGGAUGGAUGUACCAGAUGCAGCCGCCGCCGUUAUCCAAAAAAUGACCCACAAACAGAUCGAUGAUAGGUACCACACGAUUUCUUCAGUGAAGUGGGAUCUUCAGCAAAUUUCAAGACUACUAGGCGAUGGCGAUCAUGAGGGAUUAAAAAAUUUCGUCAUAGCCCAGCGCGAUGUUUCAUCGUUUUUUGCCCUGCCAGCGACUAUGUUUGGACGGAGAGAAGAACAUGAAAAGAUCCUUCAAAUUAUUGACAAAGUCCAAAAACGCCAACAAGCUACUCUUGCCCAAGCUGCGGCGAAGUCAAUUCACUCCCUCUAUGCUCUCAGUUCAGGCUCUUCCGUGUCUGAUAGUCGCGUGGAUGGCAUUGAAAUUGGGGAUGGCUCCAGUGACUCUGGAUCAUACGGUAUUGCUGCCAUACGGAGCAGUUCUACAUCUAGCCCUUACGCUCUUGCGCAUUCGUCAACACAAGACUCAAACUGCAGCGCAGAUUCUACCUCAAGUCAAAAAACACUACUUCUCUCCAAUAGAGUUAAGAGUCCCACCGAUUCAAAGAAUUCUGGCGAUAUCAAUGAUCGCGAAAGUCAUUUUGCUUCCAGCCUCAGUAACCAGGGCCAAUUCGAUUCCCUUGCACCUCUAGGACGGCGAAAGGUGCAGGCAAAGUACCGGCAAAGCGGUCGUUGUGAGGUGAUCAGCAUAUCCGGUGUUGCUGGCCUCGGAAAAUCAGAUCUUUUAAACCGACUACAACCAGAAAUCCGGAAACAUGGCUAUAUCGCAGUUGCUCGCCUCGAUCGUUCACGCCGAGUUCCUUUUGAGCCAUUUUUUAAAAUUCUUGCUAGUCUUCUUCGUCAGAUUUUUUCUGAGCGUGACGUUUCUUCUGAUUACCACAGCUCAAUACGCAUGACCCUGCAGCCAAUAUGGCUAUCCCUCCACAAAAUCCUUGGCCUACCAGAAAAUUUAAUCUACCCUGUUGGGACGAUGAGCGAGUCCGUGAACUUCUUAAAGACUACUGCUACACCCCUUCAAGUGCUUAAAGAGGAGACAGAGGAAUCAUUUCAUUCCCAAGAUGCCCACUUUACCAGUUUAAGCGCGGGUCAGACAUUGAAUGAUUUUUGCCAUGGGCCAUCAUCCAACGCUAUGCUCAGAUUCGCGGAUACUCUUAUUGAAACAUUGAGGAUUAUGUCGUUUCAGAAGCUGAUAUGCGUCGCUUUGGAUGAUAUCCAGUACGCCGAUGUGGAAAGCGUGCAGAUUUUGCUUGAGAUUGUCAGAACUAAAAUCCGAUGCGUUCUUAUGAUUACGAGCCGACCAGAAGAAAUAAAUUCCCCUGAAUUAAAAGCGCUUUUCCAGACCGACAUGGCCAAUGUAACCAGGAUCGAACUAAGCCCAUUAAAUGAUGACGAGGUUCACGAAUAUGUUGCUGCCACGAUGCACCAACCUCCUAACAAGAGGCUGCUUCCCCUUUCCGCAGUCGUCCAAGAGAAAAGUCGAGGAAUUCCGUUCUACAUGCGAAUGAUCCUUGAGACCUGCUAUCAAAAGAACUGCAUUUGGUAUUCUUGGAGAGACUCAGCCUGGCAGUUCGACUUGGACAGGAUAUUUACGGAAUUUGUGUCCCCUAGCUAUGGUGAAGGCCUCGGCACAGAUUUCAUCGCCAAACGGCUCCAAGAGCUUCCCUCGGAAUCCCGCUCGAUUCUUUUAUGGGCUGCAUUGUUAGGCAGUCCAUUUUCCUUCACAUUAGUUCAGAGGUUGCUCUCCGGAGAGUUUCUGUUCGCCUUGGGUGGAGAACCCCUAGAGGACAUUACAUGUCCGCACCGGGCACCCUUGACGCAAAGUAAAAGAGGGAUGGUUUCAGGACUUCAGCACUUACUCCAAAUGUAUAUUAUAAUCCCCGGUGAAACUGAUGAUGAAUUUAGAUUCGCCCACGAUCGCUACGCCCAAGCCGUAGCAAGUAUGAGAGAGUGCCAUAACCAAGAGAAGAUGCAUUUCAUUGCUGCAAAAACCGUGAUGAAAUACGGUCCAAAUGACAGCACUUCAUUGUAUUCGCGAGCUCAGCAUAUUCAGUGUGCAGCAAGAUUAAUCAAGCAGCGAGUUCACGAACGGAUCAAAUAUAGAGAUGCGCUGUACUACGCCGCUCGGAGCGCUUUCCAGUCUGGGGCGAAGGCUACCGCGCUAAGCUAUUUUCAAGCUUGUCUCUACCUGCUACAGGAUGACCCAUGGGAUAGCAAUGCUGAAGAUGUUUACUAUGAGGAAACACGAGAGCUCCAUAUUCAAACCGCUGAAAUGCUAAUAUCUAGUGGGAAAAACAAGGAAGCCAUGGAACUUCUUGAGGUGGUGUUCAAGCGCGCUCAUUCUCCUGUGUGCAAGGCGAGGGCAUGGAAAUUAAAAAGCAAGAUACUCGCCCAAAGAAGCGAUAUUUCCGGUGCCCUUGAGGCCUUGUUCACAAGCAUGGAUGAGCUGGGUGUGAAAAUCAACAGGCCAAGCUCCUGGGAAGCUUGCGAUGAGGCAUACGAGAAACUCAGCGCAUAUCUUAAAGCUGCCGAUCUCGAUGUCGUUUUCUCUGUACCGCUUAGCCAGGACAAGACGUUGAUCACUCUUGGGUCGUUGAUGGCCGAAGCUAUGUCAGUGUGUGUUUGGGGGGAGCCGUUGACGUUUCUCCAGCUGGGGAUUGAAAUGAUGAAUAUCUAUCUGUUUCGUGGAGCCUUUUCGCAGGUCGCCGUUCUGUGCACAUACAUAUCCAUGGUUGCGAUGAGCCGAUACAAAGAUCUUGAACUUGGCGUCAAGCUCAGCGACUCUGCUGUCGAUCUCCUAGACCGCUUCGAUGAACCCUGGAUUCUAGCGCGGGCUGUUACUAUCCACAAUUAUUCCGUUAAUCAUAUGAGGGUACCCAUGUCAACGACAUUACCACGCCUCGAAAGUGCUAUGGAAGCUGCGUUUUUGCUGGGUGAACGAUACUUGAUUCUUAUGAAUAUAUCCGCUAUGGUAUUCACUCGAUUUUGUCUAGGCCAUGACCUGUCUGAGUUGGAGGCGCUGUGUAAUUAUGCGCCAGAGGAAAUUGGCGAUUGGGAAAACGACCCACGUGGCGGGGUCUAUAUCGUUUCUGUCCGGCAAGCCGCACGUGCUCUCCAGGGGAAAACAUUUAUCAACUCUGCGGAUCAUAUACUAUCCGACGAUCAGCACGACAGCGAGAAGUAUAUUGCUCUUCCUGGCUUGAACUCCCACGCCCUAAACAUGUAUCGUGCAAUGAGUUUGGUGCCACUGUACUCCUACGGCUACUACGAGAAAGCAGUGGAGAUUGGCACUGAAAUGACGAAAUCGUUGGCCGGCCUCUGGUCCCUCCGUGCUGCUACCCAAACGUAUUUUUUCCUUUCAUUAUCCAUGCUUAACCGCCACCUUGAUGAUCCAUCCCGACCUGGCGUCGAAGAGACCAUCAACCAGGUUAAAGAGUACAAGAAGGAGGUCGACUUUAAGACCCGCGCUUGCGAUGUGAAUUACGGUGCGUGGUCAUUAAUACUCGAAGGCCUGAUCUGCGAGGCGUCCGGCAAGUUCCAGAGUGCUCUCAUUGCCUUUGAGGCAGCGCUCGAUCAUGCCCAGCUACACAAUUGGCCUCUGGAAGAAGCCCUUGCUCUCGAGCUUCAAGUCGACUUCCUCGUUCGACGUGGCGUUAAACGGGCUGCUAAAUUUAUGCUGCAGGAAGCAAUCGCAGCGUGGAACCGUAUCAGCGCGACGGGUAAAGCUAAGCACCUCUCGGAAAAACAUGAGUGGCUUUUAAGAGUUGGAUCUCCUACAUCAAGAUCUAAUGAUGUUGGUUGUCAAACUAUUGAUUCGAUACUCAAUGUUCCGAGGACUACGGAGCCAGCGUCUAACUCCAUCCAUCCACAGCUUGAAGCUGAACGUAAACGAGAAUGGUUGGAGGAGAAUGAGGAACAUGCUGACCAGAGGUCUUUGGAUAUAUCCGGGCUUGGUCUAGAUAUUAUCGACUUGUCCAGCAUACUUGAAUUUAGCCAAGUCAUGUCCUCUGAAUUACACAUAGAGAAAUUGCUUACCAAAAUGGUUGGCAUAAUACUCGAGUCCUGUAGCGGUUCCGAAUUAGCGGUUGUGGUCACGGACUUUGAACCUUAUGGUUGGCUAGUUGCUGCGGCUAGCGAUCACGAAAAUGGAGAUGUAGCUUUCGCCGAUGGCCUCGCGUUUUCUGAAGUAGAGGACAAAAUGGCACAGCAAAUCACGCAUUAUACUCUACGGACGAGGGAACCGGUCCUUGUCCAUAAUGUCCUCGAUGACGAGCGUUUCUCCAACGUCAGUGAAGCCUACGCCGCCCGAAACCCGCAUGGGAAAUCCGUUAUUGCCCUACCUAUUAUCCAAGCCAACAAUCUUCUUGGGGUGAUUCACGUUGAGGGUAAACCCAAUUCGUUUACUCAACGUAAUUUAGUUGUGCUCCGCCUUGUGUGUAAUCAAGUUGGAAUCUCACUGGCAAACGCUUUCCUUUAUCGGAACGCGAGUAAAGUCAGUGCUGCCAACGCCGCCAUGGUUGAAGCGCAGAAACGUGCCUUGGCACUCGCCAGGGAAGCGGAACGAAAGUCCAAGGUUGCAGAAGCGGAAGCUAAACAUAACGUUAAGCUCAAAGAAGACGCUGCAAAGGCCAAGUCAAUAUUUCUGGCUAACGUUUCUCAUGAUUUGCGCACGCCAAUGAACGGGGUCAUUGGGUUGUCAGAAUUACUUAAAAAGACCAGCUUGGACCGAGAGCAGGAUGGCUACGUCGAAUCGAUCCGUGUCUGCGCGGAUACGCUAUUAACGCUGAUUAACGACAUUCUCGACUUCUCCAAGCUCGAAGCUGGCAAGAUGAAAGUUUCGACAGUUCCCCUCAACCUCAGAGAAACCAUAGCGGAGGUUGUUCGCGCCCUUCGUUAUACUCACCGUGAUUGCGGACUGAAGACUAUCGAGGACCUAGAUGGUGUUGAUCCCAAUUUAUUGGUUAUGGGAGAUCCUGUUCGUCUCCACCAGAUAUUUAUGAACCUGCUAAGCAACAGCUACAAGUUCACGCCAAAAGGCUCCGUUACGGUCAAAGCCAAGGUAACUGAUGAGGAUGAAGGCCGUAUUCGUAUCACGUGUAAAGUUGCCGAUACUGGGAUUGGAAUUUCCGGAGAACAGUUGGUUCGACUUUUCAGGCCAUUCUCCCAGGCUGACAGUUCGACAGCGAGAUCAUACGGAGGGAGUGGGCUUGGGUUGAGCAUCUGCAAAGCAAUAAUAGAGGAUGUGCUUGGUGGCAAAAUUUGGCUGCAAUCAGAGGAAGGGGUGGGCACGACCGUUACCUUUACACUGGUAUUUAACAAAGCCCCGAAGAACGCUGUGGUCAAAAUGCCAUGGUCUCAAGAUGGCACUCAAGAGAAGAAACAGAUUCCCAUGAGACAGGCAGUCAGGGAUCUCAAGUCUCUCGCCCGAAACAGGAUCCGCGUCUGCAUUGCCGAAGAUAACCCAAUCAACCAAAAAAUUGCAGUGACUUUCGUUAGGAAUUUGGGACUAGAGUGCGAGGCGUUUAGCGAUGGUCAGCAGGCUGUGGAAGCUCUUAGACGUGCAUCUGCAGAAGGAAACCCUUUCCACCUUGUCCUAAUGGACGUUCAAAUGCCGGUUCUGGACGGAUAUAAUGCUACGCGGAGGAUUCGUGAGGAUUUGGACCCGUGCGUCAACGAUGUUCUCGUAAUAGCCAUGACCGCCAGUGCUAUUGAAGGGGAUCGCGAAAAAUGCAUCGACGCCGGCAUGAACAAUUACCUCGCUAAACCCGUCAGGUCUGAUGUACUGAAAAGGAUGCUUGAUCAGUAUCUAGCACCUUCGAUGGAGUCCGAGCUCCCGAGAUGGGGAUGUCGACGGCGCCGGGCACGCUCGACUGCGGCUGCUUCUGGUCCUUCUCCCGUUGAAGAGGAACCGCAAACCAACAUCGUUCCUGAAUUUGAAUCCAAAACCUCCAUUAAGGGAAAGCCUGGGGAUCUAUAUGCGUUUAUGCCGAACGGCUCGAAACCGCCCGACAGCCCUCCCGCGGGUGCCUCCUUCAGCGCCGCACAGACUACUUCUCCUGAUGCUGCUGCUGCUGCCGCUGCUGAUACCAUAUCAAGCACUCACACCAAUACGAGUGGGAAUGGAGAGAGCUCCGCACUUGUGGAGCCGUCUAAAUAACGAUCGCUUCUGACGGCAAACAUUCAACUGGCGCUGUGCUAGACAUGUCUCCCCCCGCUCCGAUCGGUUUAUACCUAUUUUUUCUUUUUUCUUUUAUCUUCUUUUUCUUCUUCGUGUCUAAAAAGAACUCAGGGAUGGGUUCUAGUAAAUAUUUAGAAUUUCUGCAUUUCCCCCAGUUUCUGCCCGUUUAGCUUCUUCACUUAUGGAUGGAUGGAUGGGUGGAUGUUCUUGCCCUUUAUAAUUAUCUCCCUUCUUUUUGUUGGAGCCUUGGUUUCUGUUUAAUUUUGUUUCAUUUGUACACAUUUUGUCACUUUUUCUUUUACGACAAGCAACGUCCGAUGAUAACGAUAUGAUAAAACCAACUGCAUGGCAAAGGGGGCUUACCACCGCAUAUAUGGAAUGGGAAUGAAGGAAAUAUACCAAAAUACUGGCAUUUUAUGUCUUUUCUUUCCUUUUCUUUUCUUUUUCUUUUCUUUUCUUUUUUUUCUUCUUCCUUAUUUUCAAUUCUUUGUCCUUUUUGCACGUAUGUAUAUAUCUCGAGUGACAUUAUCUUUUUUCAAUUUCCCCCGUUUUCUCCCUUUCAACCCCCGAUUUAUUUUACUCCUCUUGACUCUUCUCCACGGCACAUAUAAUGUUUCUAUAGUGUUACCAUAAAAAUGGGGCAAUGCUGGUUCACUGUGUUAUCUAGGUUCUGUUUUUUUAUUAUUUAUUUAUUAUUAUUAUUAUUAUUGUAUAGUCCCCUAAAAUGGUGACCAGUGAUAGAAUUUGGUGAAUGGAAAUCUCCUUAUAUGAGGACCGAAAAGUUUUGAUUUCCACACUUACAACUGUAUACUAAGUUCUAGAGAUGUGCAUUUCCCCUUAUUUACAGGUUUAAUGAAUAAAAUAAGGUGAAGCACUCGUUCUUCACACAGCCCUCCUGCCAAACACCCUGAACCUCUUGACCCCUCCAUCUGGCACCAUUGUCAACAUAACAUGGCUAAACGCCUUCCCUCCAACUUCACUACCCAACAAUCCCCCUUCAAACACAUGUUCCAAAUCCGCCUUGCACGGCUGAUCUCCCCGUACAACCUCCACCCACCCUUCAUCAUCAAACUUUGGAUCCUGUCCCUCCUUAACAUCCUUCUUCAGGAACCCAUGCACCCUAACCGCCCUUGGGAAGUUUCCUCGGAAGUCCUUCGUAUCAACCACGACCUUCUCUAUCGUCCCUACCAACCCGAGCUUAACAACCGCCCAGUCUACAUGGCCCGGUGUCCGCGAACGAGCAGUUUCCCAACCGUCACCCAUAUGCUCCCCACGGCCGGGAAGUAAGGUAUUCGAUGCGGGGGUGAAAUGUUGGUUACUAGCAGAAACAACAAGACCUCCCAUCAGCGCUGAGGAGAGCUCCUCCAACUCCGUCGUCGCAGAUCCUUCCGCCGACGCUACUAUCGCCUUGGGCGCCGGUGCAGGGCCCGGCACGGCAUGCCCAUAUAACCUAACCCGCGCAAACCCCCCAUCAGGAUACAUCCUGACGCGUACAUGAGUAAUUGGGUCCGAGGGGCGAGAUAGCAACCAGCCUUGGCGCCGCGAAGGCCCGCACGGCUGCUUGGGCAGAAUAGUCGUCCAGCCGUUAAAAGUAGGCUUGACGACCUCGGCGUCCCCGGCCUCCGCACCGUCCCGUUUAUCAAUGUGAGUACCCUCGACAAGAACACUCUCGCCGUAAUUGCCGUAGAAAUGCGCCGUGUCGAUUUCCACGCCAACGACGACACCGCUGCCGACGCCUAACUUGAUUACGGCCCAGUCAAAUUCUUCCGGGUUGUGGCGGCGCGUUUCCCAGCCGUCGUACCAGGCUCCUGUGUGUACGAAGACGCCAGGGCGGUGGAUUGGCGGGGUUGGGGUGAGGAGGUUUGAGGCUGCGGCGAAGUACUCGUCGGAACAGGCGAGGAUGGUGGCGUUUAGAGAGGAGGAGACGA